CAGGUGGUAGUCCUCAACAAAGUAUUAGGCAUCAUUGCAGGUACUCUUCUUCAGGAACACGAGGUUAGGCGCGAUUGGUUUCAUCCCGUGCCUUUUGAGCGCCUACUUGUUAUGCUUUUUGUUGAACUUUAUUCAACUUACCCCUCGUUACCUCCGCUCUCUGGACCAUUUACUCAGGCCCCGACAGAUAAAACCUCUUCCAAUGAGGAUUCUGUUGGUAGGCUUAAAGAUAUCCCUUUCACUGCUUCUGUCGCCACGGAAAAUGCUAACAUCGGACCUCACUCCAGAAGCUCUAUUGGGGCAGGAGCGGCCAUCGCAGUUGGCGAAACUCAUACAAAUAAGUCCGACCCUCCUUAUGAAUUUUCAGACGCCAAAACCAACGAAUAUGUGA